GGGAGCGCGCGGCGCGGCGCUCGGCCUUGGAGGCGGGGCCGGCCGAGCGCGGGCGGAGCGCCCGGGAGUCCCUGCAGCCCCAGGCGGCGGCCGCCCCGCAGCCGCCGGCCACCUGCCCUGGCGCCGGAGGGGGACGGGAGCGCGGCCGGCCUGCGCCCGCGGUGACCGGGGCGCGCUCGCGGCCCGCGCCGCCCAAGGACCCAGCCGCGCGGCCCCAGCUGCCGAGACUGAGUUGACCGCGCGCGAAACUUUUACACGCGCGCUCGGGGCCGCAGCCGGGAGCCGCCCGUCCCUGCCGCCCGCGGCCGCCCCGCCGGGACCCAGCGCCGUGGCGUUCGGAGCGGGGAGAGGCCCGCGGCCCCCCCACGCCCUCCCUCGGGGCACAGCCGGGCGGGGCCGGGCCCCGGGCGAUGGCCGCGGAGCUGGCGAUGGGCGCCGAGCUGCCCAGUAGCCCGCUGGCCAUCGAGUACGUCAACGACUUCGACCUGAUGAAGUUCGAGGUGAAGAAGGAACCCGCCGAGGCCGAGCGUUUCUGCCACCGCCUGCAUCCCGGCUCCGUGUCCUCGACGCCGCUCAGCACGCCCUGCUCCUCCGUGCCCUCCUCGCCCAGCUUCUGCGCGCCCAGCCCGGGCGCCGGGGGCGGCGGCGCGGCGCAGGCCGGGGGCGCGGCGGGCGCGGCGGGGAAGCCGGCGCCGGAGGAGCUGUACUGGAUGAGCGGCUACCAGCACCACCUGAGCCCCGAGGCGCUCGGCCUGACGCCCGAGGACGCGGUGGAGGCGCUCAUCGGUAGCGGCCAGCACGCCGGGCACCACAGCGCGCACCACCCCGCGGCCGCGGCGGCCUACGAGGCCUUCCGGGGCCCGGGCUUCGCGGGCGGCGGCGGCGCCGGGGACGUGGGCGCGGGCCACCCCCACGGCGCGCACCACGGCGCCCACCACCACCACGUGCGCCUGGAGGAGCGCUUCUCCGACGACCAGCUGGUGUCCAUGUCGGUGCGCGAGCUGAACCGGCAGCUGCGCGGGGUGAGCAAGGAGGAGGUGCUGCGGCUGAAGCAGAAGCGGCGCACCCUCAAGAACCGCGGCUACGCGCAGUCCUGCCGCUUCAAGCGCGUGCAGCAGCGGCACGUCCUGGAGAGCGAGCGGAGCCGGCUGCAGGCGCAGGUGGAGCAGCUGCGGCGGGAGCUGGGGCGCCUGGCGGAGGAGCGGGACCGCUACCGGGAGAAGUUUGAGAAGCUGGCGGCCCGCGGCGGCCCCGGGGGCGCGGGCGGGCCCGGCCUCCCGCGGGCGUCCUCGCCGCCGCAGGCCGGGCCCGGCGGGGCCAAGGGCGCGCCCGGCUUCUUCCUGUGAGCGCGGCUCGGAGAGGCCCAG